CUGUACGUGUCGAAUCUGCAGACGCAGAAUCAACGUGCACUCACGUGGUAAAUCAAAACAUCAUGGCGGAAGGAUUCAAGACUGCAGACCCGUUGGAAUAUCACAAGAGUUUCUUGAAAGAAAACUGUCGUCCUGAUGGACGGGAACUUGAUGAGUUCAGGACAACAACGUUAAAUAUAGGUCCCAUAUCAACAGCUGAAGGUUCUGCCUUGGUUAAGAUUGGAAACACAACUGUGAUGUGUGGCAUAAAAGCGGAACUGGCCCUUCCUCCAUCUGAUACACCAGAUAAGGGCUACAUAGUGCCCAAUGUGGACAUACCCCCACUUUGCAUGUCAAAGGUCCGGUCUGGUCCACCUGAAGAGCAAGCUCAGGCUGCUAGCCAGUUUAUCGCUGACAUAAUAGAAAGUUCAGAGAUUAUCUGGAAAGAAGACUUGUGUAUUGAAAAGGAAAAGCUUUGCUGGGUUCUGUACUGUGAUAUAAUGUGUUUGGAUUAUGAUGGAAACUUACUGGAUAGCUGCAUUGUUGCACUGCUUGCUGCCCUUAAGAACACACUACUCCCAAAGGUCACAAUAAACAAAGAAACAGACUUACCUGAAGUGGAUCUCUUAGAGAAAUGCCCCAUUAAUAUAAAUAGACAACCUGUUGGGUCUUCAUUUGCUGUAUUUGACAACACGAUCAUCGUUGAUCCCACGGCAGAUGAGGAGAGCUUAGCUACUGCAGUCAUGACUUUGGUCAUAGACGAAGAGGGCCGCCUGUGUACUGCACACAAACCAGGCGGUACUACACUCUCUGGGGAGAAACUUCAAGACUGCAUGGGUCGGGCAGUCACACGGCACCGAGAGAUCAGCAAACUGGUGGACAAAAUCUUACAGAGUAUGAAGAAAUGAUGGGACACAUCAGAUCUGUUUUUCUUUUGUCUAAAAAUUUUAUUUUCCACUGUCAAUAUAUACUUUGUUUUCUAUCACAAUAAAACUGCUGACAAAGACCAUUUAUAAAAA